AUGAUUAAAUUAUUGAGUAACUCAGUGGUAAUAAUCAAAAAUUUUCAUAAUAAAGCAUUUGUCAGACAAAUGAGUAAAUUUAGCGGGUUCGAAGAGAAAGUUUAUCAAUAUUUGCAACCCAUAGAUUUAGCCAAGCCGCCAUAUUCCCAUGCUUGUCAAAUUGGCGACCCUGUUUUGCGACUACAAGCUAAACCUGUAGAAUUAGAGAUUAUUAAAACCGCGGAAUUUAAAAAAUUUGUCGAGCAUUUGAUAAAAGUAAUGCGAACUUACGACGCAUUUGGAAUGGCUGCGCCCCAAAUAGGAGUAUCUUCGCAGGUGUUCGUGAUAGAGACGACCAAAAAACAGUACGACGAGAUGAUGAUGUCAAAAAGCGCGGGUCAACCUAUUGAAGAAAUUCCGCUGAAGAUUUUCAUCAAUCCUCAGAUAAAAAUUACGGACUUUAAGGUUACUAAUUAUCCGGAGUGCUGCGCUAGCGUUUGCGGAAUGAUGGCGAAUGUACCGAGGUCCAAGGGGGUGCAAAUUAACGCACUGGAUAUCGACGGGGAACCGUUCACUUGGGAUGCUGUCGGCUGGCCUGCUAAGGUUGCGCAGCAUGAAUUUGAUCAUUUACAGGGAAAAUUGUAUACCGACACGAUGGAUCGAAAAACACUCAGUUGCAUGGUCUGGCAGACAGUUAAUCGAAGAGGAGGAAAAAUUUCUAUUGAUUAUAUACCUAUUGCAAGAAGUAAAUUAAGAAAGUUGUUUUUCACAUAG